AUGGCGUCUAAACCAUACACCACAACCCCCAUCACCAACUUCCCCGACUCCUCCCCACCCUACGAUGAAAACGGUCGCUUGGUUUCUCCACACCCCGUCCGCUUCCCUCCUACGCCCCCCUUCACAGGUUUCAACACCCCUCUCCGCGCUGCCCACCUCUAUCUUCCCUAUCUCCCCAUUUCUGGCCAGAUCCCCGCCGGACUAAACGGGACGUUUUAUCGAGUCCAACCAGACAGGUUUUUUCCGCCGUUGUACGCGAAUGAUAUACACUUUAAUGGGGAUGGGGCUGUUACUGCUAUCAGCCUCAGCGGACCUAGGCUUACCGGACCUGCUGCCGGGCCUGCUACCAGCUCAAAAACAUCAGCGACAGCGACAGGGUCAGAGACGACAGUGUCAGGGGCUACGGUGACAGAAGGGCAUCCAGCAGUAAAUCAAACAGGAACUGCAUCACUACUCCACAAAUACGUUCAAACCACCCGCCUAACCCUCGAACAACGCCACAACCGCGCUCUCUUCGGCUCCUACAGAAAUCAAUUCACCGACGACCCUCUCGUCCAAAACCAGGACAUAGACAGGACGGUAUCAAACACCAAUGUCGUCUUUUGGCGGGGCCAGCUGCUAGCAAUGAAAGAGGAUGGGUUACCUGUUGCUAUGGACCCAGAGACGCUUGAAACCAGACAGACGGGCUGGGACUUUGAGGGACAGGUGAGGAGUCCAACUUUUACGGCGCAUCCUAAGUUGGUUCCCAAGGCAAAGGCAAGACAUGCUCCUGCCAGUGUUCAUGGAGAGGACGGAGCACAAAGAACUGGGAAUGGCGUGAAGAAUGAGAACGGCUCAGCCCAAGAAAUGGUCUGCUUCGCCUACGAAGCCGGCGGCUCCGCAGGUGAUUGUUCAGUCGACUGCGUAGUCUGGACGAUCGACGAAGAGACAGGCAAGAAGCUUGGAGAGCGGUGGUUCAAGGCGCCCUUUGCUGGGAUGAUUCAUGAUUGCGGAGUAUCUGAGAACUGGGUAGUUUUGCCCUUGACGCCGCUGAAGAUGGACCUGGAGAGGAUGAAAGCGGGAGGCGAGAAGUUUGCUUGGGAUCCGGAGGAGGAUCAGUGGUAUGGUGUUGUUCCUAGAGAUGGGAAUGAUGAGAGGGGAGAAGUGGUGUGGUUUAGGGGUGGUAACGGCUUCCACGGCCACGUAGCAGGUUGCUAUGAGCACCCGACCACAGGCGAAAUAAUCAUCGACCUCACCGUCGCGGACAACAACGUCUUUUACUGGUUCCCGCCAGAUCCCAAGGUUACUCCUUCCGCCUCUCCUUUGGACCCCAAAGUCCCGCUCAGACCUAACAAGCUCUCCUCGCCCACAAUGCGCUGGAUCAUCAAUCCCCACGCGGCCCGUUCCCCGUUCAUUACUGCCACAGGAGACACCAUUCUCGUGGCAGACGCCCGUCUCACGCCGGCAGUGGUCUGGCCUACAAAUGGCGAGUUCUCCCGUAUUGACGAGCGGUACAUCACCAAACCGUACAGACACUUCUGGCAAGCGGUCAUUGAUACUAGCAGGCCUUAUGACUUUGAGAAAUGCGGGCCACCGGCUGGUGGGUUGUUCAAUUGUUUGGGACACUUCACUUGGUCUUAUGAACAUUUCCAUUCCUCCCCGGGGGCUUUGGGGUCAGACCCUUCAGCGGUUACUCCACCUUCAGUUCCAAAUGGAAAGAGCAACGGAGUUGGUCCAGACGUACCUGCACCUUCCCAUUCCACCCACACCAACCCCUCUACCCCCUCCCCCUCACCCUCCUCAUUGAGCCCCUACGGCACGUCAGACAUCUACCACGCCUCCCCAACAACCACUUUCCAAGAACCUACCUUCAUUCCCUCCCCAGGUAGCAAGCAGGAAGGAAAAGGAUACAUCAUAGCCCUUCUAAGCCACCUCGACCAGCUGCGCAACGACGUAGUCAUCUUCGACGCUUUGAAUCUGCGACAAGGGCCGGUGGCCGUGAUUCAUUUGCCGAUGAAGUUGAAGUUGGGGUUACAUGGGAAUUGGAUGGAGAGAGCAGAGAGUGAGGGGUGGAAGAGAAGGUUGGGUUUGGAGCCUUCGGGUACUGCUGCCGAGAGGGGAAGGCAGGCGGAGGAGGGGAGAGCGGUGCUGACGGGAGGAAAGUUGGCUAGGCGAAGCGGGGGUGCCCCUGUGAGACACGGUGUUGUUGGAAGGACAAACCGAAGGUGUGAGUGA